AUGAGAAAUCCGAUUGUGUUGCUAUUAUUUUAUACAUUAAUUUUUAUUCAAAGGGUUGUCAGCUGGUCUGAUGAACCACAUAUGCUCAUAAGUUAUAUUGCGUAUUGUAAUUUAAAUGAAGAUGAAAGGGAGAUUCUUGACAGAAUUUUUGCACAUAGUGUAGAUUCUAAUUUCAAUAACAUUAUAAGUGGAUCAACAUGGCCAGAUCAUAUAAAAAUGCAGGAUCCAAGAAGAGCUCAUUUACCUUUCCCGUUUGAAAGACGUGAAAUAUUAGACAUUUUUAAUGACUGGCAUUAUGUAGCAACACCAUAUAAUCCUACUAGAGAAUACAUAAAUCCUAAAUAUUUAUAUGGACAUUUGGGAAAACAUAAUGCUGCAGGAAUAUCAAAACAUAUUUAUAGAACACUAGUAGGUAUUGACAAAAAACCCCAAUAUGGAUCCUACUAUUCUUAUAAUUUCUAUUUAAAAUAUUUUAUCCAUUUAUUUGCUGAUAUUCAUCAACCAUUACAUACAAUUACUUUUUUUAAUAAUCAUCUUACACGUGGCGAUAAAGGAGGAAAUUUUGUUAGUAUAAGUUACAGAGGGUUGGUAGGAAAUAUCCAUUAUUUGUGUGAUAGUGUAUUUAAUACAAGAAGACGUAGAUGGCCUGAUGUGGAUUUAGAUUAUAUCAAAAGAGAAUCUCUUAGUUUGAUGAAUUAUUAUCCUCCUCGUGUAUUUAAAGGACUACUAAAAAUGCCAAGAGAUAAGAUAGAAUAUAUAGACACUAUUGUACAUGAUGCUUAUGAUUUAGCUAUUGAAUAUAUUUACAGUAAAUUGCCAAUUCGAAUGAUAUCUAGGAGGAGAGUAUUCCCUGUUAAUAAUUCUUUUGUAAUACAAUUAAAAAUGGUUCUCAAUAAGCAAAUAGUGUUGGCCGGAUACAGAUUAUCAUACUAUUUAAAAGACAUUAUUAGUAACAUUCCAAAUGAUUUGUAG